CUGAUACUUUGUGGACGGCUCUAGACCAGCGCAGGUAUUCAGUUAUUUUUUAUUAAGGCAAAAUAUUCACCUUAAAAAUAAAAUAUCUGCAUGGUUUAGAAAAUGCAACAUAAUUAUGAUUUAAAUUCCUGCAUUCAAUGAGAUUUAUGUGUUUAUUUUCUCUGGUGUGUUACAUAUUAUUUUUUGGGCCCAUAACUCUAAUACAGUAUUUUUUUUUAUUAAUCUGCAGACAGUUGUCUCCCCAGAAAACAUCUGAAAACAAAGAGCAAGAGACCCAUAACUGUCACAUUUGUCAAAAACAUUUCACGCGUAAAUAUGAAAUGGCUCGUCACUUGCUUACGCGUAUGCACAGGGCUCGGGCUCAGAAACACCCAGAGGCAGACUCUGUGGAGAUGUUGAAUAAAUACAACAAGUAUAUGAUACGACUGAGUCCUUUCCAGUGUGGCGUAUGCCAGUUUUAUUUUAACAGGCAGGUGGGUCACUUUUAGUGAGGUAUUUUUCUGAAUCCAUAUCUUAAAGAAAUAAAAACUCAAGUGUUUGGUUUUGGAUGACAUUGUCAAAUUAGUUAUGACUAUUUCAUUAACAUAAUGCACUUUAUGAACAUUCUACUAGGACUCCUUGGUAUUCCCUCGAAAGGCUGUAACUAGUUUUUUUUUUAAAGAUGGAAAUUAUAGAAAGCUUUUAAGUCAAAAAAAGCUGCCUCCCGCAGACCACUGAUAGAGGUGUCUUCAACAUUAAUUAAUUGAGAGUCAGUACCCCACGCACAUAGACCCAAAGGGAGCAAAAUAUGUCAUUAUUCAUGCAUUAUAUACAUUGGUGUGCACCAAAAUUCAGUCUUUGUCCCAGGUGAAGAUUUUCCCUGGCACCGCCCUGACAACAUUUGAUCAUAUUUAACAAAAACCUGCUUUUCAUACCAUUGCAAUACGAAUAAUAGUAAAUCAUCAAAUACGAAAUAAAAAAGUAAAUAAAAGCAAAUGUAAAUUCUAGUUUUCUGUUUACUUGAUUUAUAUAAGCUUUAUAAUAUUGUUGUUGAAUUUACCCUUUAUAUCAACUACCUGUAACACUUGUAACAUAGGUUAACCUGCUUCUGUUAACCUUUUCAUCUUUCUUUGUAAUGUUGGUUAAUUUAUUAAUUAUUGACAAGUUUUUCUAUAAUCUUGGUAAACAGUUCAAUGUAGUGUCUGCAUAUUUAAGCAGCAGCUAUUGAUUGCUCUUUAAAAGAAAUCAAUUUAAUCAACAUAGGCUAAGCAUAAAAUAUUUUCUGGGUUGCAUUUUCUCAUGAAAUUUUUGACCAUAUGCAAUGUUCAAAUUUUUUUUUUUUUUUUCAUUUAACUGAAAUAUUCAUGAUUGUCUAAUGGGAUACAUGAAUGGGAACACAUACAUUUUAUUCACUGCUUUGUUUAAAUAUCCCGUUUCAGAGAGACUUUCUGGAUCAUAUGGGCAGUUCCAAACAUGUGCUCACUUGUCAGGACAUGCUGGGACCCAUCAUGUGUGUGGCUUGUAAAUACAAAACUCACAAGCACAAUGAGGUGAGCCAAAAAAUGUGCACUAUGUUAAUCAGAGUCAGAACCUUUUAGAUCUGGGCCACUUGAUCUUUUUAGUCCCCCCUUAUUUUAUCCUGGCUCAGUGAUGUCGCUUUGAUCUUGAAUUUCUCCAUUCUCCCAUUUUUAAGGUAUCAUUUGUGUCCUAAAAUGGAAGUUUUGAAGAGACUUUCUUAAAAUUUGAAUUAGAUUCAAAUACAACAGUAAUAUUGAUUGAGAUCAAACUUGGGUACUUCUAUUAAAACACAGAUUUAAAUUCAUCAUUGACUAUUAGACUUUGGCAAUGACCAGUAAAUAUUUGAAUGUCAAUGUGAGACCCAUGUGAAUGUGAAGCUCAGGCAAAUUGCUCCUGUUGGGAACACUCCCCACCCUCCCCCCUUCCUAAGAGAUUGCCUAACCACAGUAACUAUUUGAUAUAACUUUGUGUAAUCAAACUGUUCUAUAUAUUAGGGAUGUUGUGUUUUAUGUGCUACUGCAUCUGCAGUACGAGAGGUGUUAAAAUAGCACAUUCCCCUCUCCUCCCAAACUGAUCCCAUUUUGUUAUGCAACUCUAUUUAAAUUGUGCGCACUGCUGUGUUGUUCAGAUGAUGGAACAUGUUCAGUACCCAGAGCACCUGGUGGCCGUUGAGAAGAAGCAUGGUACCUGUAUAGUGAGAGAAAGCCACACCCGCAUAACGUGCAAGUUCUGUGGUGUUAAGAUGUACUCUGCCGUGAGGAUGAGGCGCCACUGCCAGCGCAGGCACAAUGAUAGACUGACUGAGGUUCAAGUGGCCAUGUUUGUUAAACCAGUGGAGUACAACAAGUACGACUGUCCCAUGUGUAAAAAAUCAUUCAGAGCAAAAAGUCUUUUGCAGUUGCAUUUUUUGAAGGUAUGUUACAUUCUCAGACUCAAAAUAAUGUCAAUGUGGAGUUGUUGUUCUUUGGUUUGGGUAACUUUUACUGUCUUGUUUCUUUAAAAUAAUUGAGUGAUUCACAACUUAUGUGUAUCAAAUAAGUAUCUUUCCUAUAUUAUUACCACUUGAAAAUAGGGCAAAGAAAAAGAUGGACAGUAUAACAGAUACAAAGAAAAGCUUUAAAAAAAAAACUCUUAAAAGAAAAGAGAAAAUUACUUUUCUUUACUAGGAAUUUUCUUGACAGCCGUUAAAAAACAUUUUGCAUUUAAAGAAUGAUAUAUUUCUAGAGAAACAGUUGGCUGAUAAACACUAACACUUGUCUCUCACAGAUCCAUAAAAAUACGUCUUUGUUUAACUGCAAUGUGUGCAACAGAGGCUACUUAGACCAGCGUCGACUAGACAAUCACCUUAGAACAAGGUUCCAUGCCAAACGUGUUAUUGCUCAAAAACUGACCAGUGCUCAAAAGCAAAAGUCGGCAGGACUGAGGGCGACUACAAUAGGGCAGAAAUUAAACAAGAGAAGAGGUGCUUUUUAAAAAAUCCAAUGAUGAUUGUAAAUUUGUACGCGCCUUGCCCGUUGAUAUACUAAUUAGGACUAUUAAAUAAAUUAACUUGAUAUGUUAAUCAAAGAUUUUCUUAAAAGAGUUUUUAUCUUUCAAAUUUACUUUAAGAAAUGAAAUAUUUUUUAAAAUUUACAGAAAAAUUAAAACAUCAUUAAGGUUAUACAAAUUGUUUCCAUUAUAUUAUUCUAUUUCUGAAAUAUCGCAUCAUUUAUCUUGCCCCCCUCAGGUCGAGCUAAAAGAACCCUAGUGCGACCUCUUGAUGUAAACCAAGGAGCAAAGGUCACAGAUCAGAAGAAAGAAGACCCCAAAGAUGAUUAUAGUCAGAGGCUCAGAAGAAGUACAAGAAAGAGGAAGAAAAUGGAAUUUUUUGAUGAUGACCCAGAGGAAGAGAAAGAGCCAGAGCCUGUUCAAAUAACAGAGCCAGAUCAUGAGAUCCAAAUUAACCGCAAGUCCAGAAAGAAAUGGACUCGCCUCAGAAACGCAAAGGAUGGCCAGGGAGAGAAAAAGAAAAUUAACUUAUCUUUAAAGAAUUCUGGGACUGAUAAGAGUGAAACUUCAGAUGGUAAAGCUGAACCAAUGAACACCAAGAAUGAAAGUGUGAUAAGUGAAACGACCAACCAUAAGGACAAAAACAGCAGCCCGGGAAAUAAAUCUAGUAGGAAGACCGUCAAGAAAACUGAGAAAACAAAUAGCGUGAAUGAAGAAAAUGCAAAUGAAAACACUGACUGUUUAGAAGAAGAUUCUGAAGAAAAUUUUUCAGAGAAAGAUGAGGAUGAUGAUGACUUUAGUCUGGGGGAGGGAGAAACUGAUGCUCAAGACAGUGUUGAUGAGGAGAAGCUAAAUGAGGCCAGCAAACAUAUCUUCUCCUGCACAUACUGUGAUUUUGCUGCCACUGACCUCACAGGACUCAGGGGUCACUAUAAUGAGAAUCACCCCAAUGACAUCCUGACAUGCCAACCAUGUAACCAGUACUUCUUGUCACUGAAGGUGAGACAUACAAUUUCUUUUACUGUUUUCAUGUUUUGGUUCUUACAUUUGAAACAAACUUUGUUACAAUGACUUAGCAUUGAAAGUGACAUUUUCUUCAUAAGAUUGUUUUACGUGGCUCAUGUCUAUUUUUACCCUCUUUACUUCAACAUGUCCGUGUCAUUUUUAAAACUGACUUCCUCAUAGGAGUCUUUGGAAAAAAUAAUUGCUAUCUAGGCUAUAUUUCCUCUCUUGAUUGAAAUUUGUAAAAAAAUCAAUUGUUAAAUAAUUGAUGAUUUCUAUGUUUUUGUUUUAGAAGAAGAGCCCACUGUCAACUUAUUUACAUCAUUUCAACUUGCCUUUUAUUUUAAUUUUGGUUUAAGCAUGUAAACCUACAACUGUGUGUUGACUUAUGUAAAUUAAAAACCUUAACAGAAUAUCAACUAAUCACUGUUGUUUUGUUUACAAGAAUGAAAGAAGAAGAAUUAACCAUGGAAUGAAUUUGUGCACAGGCAUAUAAAAUCCACUGUUCUGGUCGAGGCCACCAGCUGAAGCUGAGGGAGCAGUCUGGUGAAACCAAGAUGCACAAAUGCCCAAUGUGUGACAAGCGUUUCCUGCAGGAAUCCUGCUGUCUGCUUCACCUGGAGACGGUGCAUCGCCACCCGAGCUGUGAGACUGACAUACAGAGGAUUAAUAAAGGCCAGGACCUGGUCACCCAACUCUAUGGUGACCAUGUCAAGCAGGUAAUACACUACUUUAAAGCUGACCCGAGAAUGAAUGUUACUUAUUAGGUCAGAAUUGUCCUGUCUUUUCAUUUCAAGCUUGAAGUGGACCGAUACAUGUAUUUCCUUUACACAGCUAGAACACAAAUGCUCAUAUAUUAGUCUUAUGUCUAACCAUCUGUUUGUGUUGCACAAAAUUUGAAUAGUUUAACGUUGCCCACAAGCAUGACCUUUAAAUACUAAAAUUGAGCCGAAAGACUUCAGUAGUUUUUCAAAGAGUUUCUGAAAAUAAAGACUGGAGGAAUCUUGAUUGAAAAGCAGGGGCUCUUGUUAAAGUCUUAUGGAGUCUGGCGGUGAUAAGGAACCGCUACAUAUUCAAUGAAGAGUUGAUUGUUUUGUCGACACCCUGAAAUAUACCAUGGAGCCCACAAUGCCCAUGGGCUCCUCAAAUACCAUGGAGCCCACAAUGCCCAUGGGCUCCUCAAAUACCAUGGAGCCCACAAUGCCCAGGGGCUCCUCAAAUACCAUGGAGCCCACAAUGCCCAUGGGCUCCUCAAAUACCAUGGAGCCCACAAUGCCCAUGGGCUCCGCAACUUAAAAGAUAUAACGUAGCAUUUAUUAAUUGUGCAUAAUUAUAUCUGCUGAAGAAAGCAAUUAGUAAUAAGAGAUCCCUGUUUUGUCUUCUUUAAAGUUUCACCUUACGUCUUGAAUCUCCGACUGCAACAACUAUUGGUACUUUGGUGUCCACACGUAGAUUUUUAAUUUCUGAAUAGUGGUUGUUUACUUCCAUUAACAAAAGCACCUAACCCACAGGUUGAGAGCCUCAGCAAUGAGACAUCUGUCUCUUGUCCAGAGUGCGGUAAAUUUGUUAGAAAAGACACCCUUGUGGAGCAUCUCCGUCUGCACACAGGAGAGCGCCCAUAUGCCUGCCGCUUCUGUAGUAAAGGAUUCGCUGGCCGGCUGACGCUGAGAAGGCACAUCUCUAGUCACCUCAAUAUGCCCAUGUUCAUGUGUGACACGUGCGGCAGAGAGUUCAAGCGUAACAGUCAUUUGAUCAAACACAUUCGACAGCAUGACUUUGAGAAGAAGGGCGAGAAACAUACAUGUCAAGUAAGUAGCUCAGCCAGAUUGCCUUAAUGAUAGUGUAAGGCCAGAUUGCCUUAAUGAUUAGUGUCUAGCCAGAUUGCCUUAAUGACUAGUGUCUAGCCAGAUUGCCUUAAUGAUUAGUGUCUAGCCAGAUUGCCUUAAUGAUUAGUUUCUAGCCAGAUUGCCUAAAUGAUUAGUUUCUAGCUAGAUUGCCUUAAUGACUAGUGUCUAGCCAGAUUGCCUUAAUGAUUAGUGUCUAGCCAGAUUGCCUUAAUGAUUAGUGUCUAGCCAGAUUGCCUUAAUGACUAGUGUCUAGCCAGAUCGCCUUAAUGAUUAGUGUCUAGCCAGAUUGCCUUAAUGAUUAGUUUCUAGCCAGAUUGCCUUAAUGAUUAGUGUCUAGACAGAUUGCCUUAAUGACUAGUGUCUAGCCAGAUUGCCAUAAUGAUUAGUGUCUAGUCAGAUUGCCUUAAUGAUUAUUUUCUAGCCAGAUUGCCUUAAUGAUUAGUGUCUAGCCAGAUCGCCUUAAUGAUUAGUGUCUAGUCAGAUUGCCUUAAUGAUUAUUUUCUAGCCAGAUUGCCUUAAUGAUUAGUGUCUAGUCAGAUUGCCUUAAUGAUUAGUGUCUAGUCAGAUUGCCUUAAUGAUUAGCGUCUAGCCAGAUUGCUGUAAUGAUGACAGUGUUUGGCCAGAUUGCUAGACGUAUUGUUUGCUGUCCCACUAAUCAGAUGCAAAGUUUGCUUCAUCUGUAAUUGUGAAUUGAGAUAGUUUUCUAAGAAACAAUUUGAGCGCAGUAAUUUGUUUUACAUUAUUUAAAAAUACCAGGUCUACAGACCUGUUUACUCUUGCGAUUUUGGCGUACAAUGUACGAUUUUGAGGUUAUAAAUUAUAUAUAUACUACAUAUUUAUUUUUUACUAUUAAGAUAAUGUAUUGAACGAUUUCGUGAUGAUAUUGUACGAUUUUAAGAGUUUGAGAGUAAACGGGUCUGGGUCUACAGUAAUAUUACCUUCAUAUAUUACCACCUAGACACUGAAUGUAAGACAUAUGUAAGACGUAGUAUCAUAUAUUGAAGAUGAUGUCUUUAAUUAAUUGUUCAUUAUACUGAUGUUCUGAUACAGCUCAAGAGCUAGACAUAAGAAAAAAAGAUCUACAGAAAUGCUUUGAUAAUGACAGUAAUUUUUGUGGUAAAGUCCCAUGAAAAUUUCUCGGUAUCUUUUAACCAUAUUGUAUUCUUUUUAUUGUCACUCUGGCUCUUCAAAUUCUCUCUGUACAGUCCAGUAACGGCUCAUAAAAACAAUGUUCCCCAGAUAUAAUUUUUUUUUUAAAGUUUUAUUUCCUAUAUAAUAAUGAAGUUAAAAAAAUUUAAAGACAAAUAUUUAAAAUCUCAGUUUCUAUGAACAAAUAUUUUUUUUAUAUCAAUAAAUUGUGGACAAUGAUAAGCUGAAAUGGUGCUAAAUGAAAACUGUGACACAUAAUUUAAUAUUUUCAGAUCUGUAAAGCUUCAUUUUUCACACCGGAGGAGCUGUCCCGUCACAUGAGACGGCACGGAGAACGCAACUACAAGUGUGCCUGGCCAGGAUGCCACUGGACGUUUGUGCUGAGUGGCGAGCUCAAGUCCCACAUGUUCACUCACACGGGAGAGAAGAAGUAUCUAUGCGACAUCUGUGGAUUCGGCGCACCCACCAAAACCAGGCUGAGGAGGCACGAGAAGACCCACGACAAGUCCCGCAACUUCAACUGUGACUACUGCCCCUACAAGGCCUCCUGCAAGACCCACCUCAAGCGGCACAUGCGCAUCCACAUCAACUCUCGCCCGUUUGCCUGUCCCUACUGUAACUAUACAUGCAACACUCAUGAAAACAUCCGCAAACACAUCCUCAAGACUCAGAAACACAAGGGCAUGAAGCUUUAUCCCUGCAAACUGUGUGGUAACUUUGGUUGUGACUCCAGCAAAGAAUUCCGUGCUCACCUCAUGACUGUUCACGCCAAUUACCUGCGGGAAAACUCCAUUGACUCUCUGGCAGUGUUCUCUGGACUUUAUAAACGGGAAGAAGACUUCCAACAACCAAAGGAGGGUUCUCAAAUCAUCCAGGUGACCAAAGGGAGAUUUUUUAGAUCCUACCAGAACCCCGAUGCCCCCAUCGAGCCACCCAAGCCCAAAAAGCCCAAGAAAUCAUCUCUUAAAAGCAAGAUGGAAGAGGUCAAGGUCAUCAUAGUCCACCCAUCUGAACUGGGGGAAGAUGUGGACAAACUGCAACACAAGGAGGAGCCAGAACAGUUCCUGCAACAACUGCAGCAGGAAAAGAAGGGCCAGCUGCAACAGCAGCAACAUCAUCUCUCACAAGCCCACCAGCAACAGCAGGGACAGCUGCGGCAGCUUCUGCAGGACCAACAACAGCAUCAGAAUCACCAGCAACAAAUGAUGAUGGAACAGCAGGAGGAUGAGUCACAAGAAGAAGAAGAGGAGGAAGUGGAGCAAGAUGAUGAGGAAGCUGAGGAAGAGUCCAGCCAGGAGACGGAGGCUCAGCAGUAUAUAGAAGUCCCCAACAUGGUCAUCCAUUCCUUCAACCCACAGCAGUCCCAGCAGCUGUCUGGUACCACCGUCUCUUUCACGUCCUCCGUGUUACCCCACACUCAGCCCCAGCAGCUUCCCGUGACAGUCUCAAUGACUGAUGACAAACUGUACUGGACGGUGCUACCAGAACACAAAGUUGUGCUCCCCGCUGCCCCCACCCCUGAACCCUGGUACUCCGGCAUGCCCCAAGUCCAUGCACCGACAUCCCAAGAGCUGCAGCAGUACAGGCCUAUAGAGGUGACCACAAGCCACCCUGGCAACUUCUUGUCCAACUCCUACUUCUGUAACAUCCCUGUGGGGGAUAUUCAGACAAUACAGAGUACAGUGGGGUGCCCCAUUUAUACUAGCCUGGUGGAGAAUGUGGUGGUGCUGAGUGAUCCAACCAGACCAGAGACAGCAAGUCUAUGAGAGAUUUUCUAUCUCAGAAGAUGAGUGAUCAACCAGUCCAGAGACUGCAAGUCUAUGAGAGAUUGUCUAUCAGUCUCAGAAGAUGAGUGAUCAACCAGUCCAGAGACAGCAAGUCUAUGAGAGAGUGUCCAUCAGUCUCAGAAGAUGAGUGAUCAACCAGUCCAGAGACUGCUAGUCUAUGAGAGAUUUUCUAUCAAUCUCAGAAGAUGAGUGAUCAACCAGUCCAGAGACUGCAAGUCUAUGAGAGAUUGUCUAUCACCAUGCACAAGACUCAAGCUAUAAACAGCUUUGUUUGAUAUUUAUGUGAAAAGUGCCAAAAUGAUUUGUUAGUUUUCUUUUAGAAUAGGAUACAAGGCUUAUUACAUGAUCUAGAAAGAAUUUCUAGUAAUAAUCUUCAACAGCAUUCAUUGCAACUGUAAAUAUGUACAAACUUAUAUUUUGAAGGUAAUAGUUUAACAUUUAUUGAUGCACAAUAGACUUUACCCAUAAAUGAAUUGUUUCAAUCAUUAGGGGUGAGCCAGACAUGUUCAACAAUUCUGUCUCAAGUGUAAAUGUUAUUUAAAUACUUGAAGAAUCCAAAGCAAAGCUUUUAACACAACCACCAGCAAUCCUGCAGAUCUGAUUGUACUGAUCCUUCAAGCUUUGCUGUAAAACUAGCCAUUUAGUAUUAGAAGUGAAUAUCUCAGUUUUUACAAAUACUUUUUUGCGAGGAAGCCAAUGCAUCUCAAUCAUUUUGAUGAUCUUACCUCCUGUUAACUGAGCCAGGUGGAUUUUUGGUUUCUGUGCUGCUUUAUAUCAGUUGGGUAUUUAUUAUUCUGCCAAACAAAGAUCACGUUUCAUUAUUGUAUUUUACUCAGUAGUCUUCCAUAGAAUAGUGGAGAAGAAAUACAUGUUUUCUUAUGUUCACUCUUCCAGGUCAAUGUAGUAAUAAGUGGAUUUGUCUAAUGGUCAUACAUUCAGGUAGGUCAUAGAGUAAUAAUUUUCAAAAUCUGCUUUGUUUACAUCUCCCUUGUGCUAUUGGAGAACUGCUCACAGAAAGACUAGAGACAAGUUAUACAUUUAACUGGCAGCGAGGUUCAAUAAUUAAACAUUUAACUACUUACCCCCAGCUAGAACUUUCUGAAUUAACCAGAAAUAAGAAAUUUAGGGUGUUUUUUGUUGUUGUGUUGCAAUGUACUUUUAUUUUUAAUUUUCAAGAGACUUAAAACUAAAGAAACAAAUAUGGAGAUAGUGAUGAUAUUCUAGUCAAUUGCUGUGAAUAAUUCCUUCAAGGGGAAAUUGCGUGUUUUGAUAAAUGUCAUAGCAUGAAAUUGGAUCCG